AUGGCGCUCUUGCAGCACAGGGAGUGGAGGACCUGCCAGGCAGGGCCAGAGGGCAGCCAGCUGACUCUCAAGAAAGGCCCUUGGAGUCUGCCAUCCAAGGAUAUUCCCUCUCCUGCCACUUCUCUCUGUGCUGCUUUGGGGCGCUCUCCUGUGACUGGCUGGACCUUCACCCCGGGGGUGUUGUGUCCCUGGGACUGUGACCCCAUCUUCGCUCAGGCCCUCCCCAAUGUGACUGCCCAGCUGGCUGUGAACCAAGCCAACCAGGAUUCCUCACUGGCACUGGGCUCACAGCUGACUUCUGUGGUUCUUCCCAUGGGCUGUGACACCUCUAAUGCCCUGACCACAUUCCUGACCCACAAGAACUCUGUAGCUGUUUUUGUGGGCCCUGUCAAUCCCGUUUACUGCCCAGCAGCAGCCCUGCUGGCCCACGGCUGGGGAAAGACCCUCUUCUCCUGGGUGUGUGGGGUUCCAGAAGGAGGAGGUGUGCUGGUGCCCACCUUGCCUUCGGCUGCCCACGUGCUGCUGUCCAUCAUGAGACACUUUGGCUGGGCUCACGAGGCCAUUGUGUCCUCCCACCAGGACAUCUGGUUGGCUACUGCCUGGCAGGUGGCCCUGACUCUCAGGGCAUAUGGGCUGCCUGUGGGGCUGGUGACCUCUCUGGGACCCAGGCAGCAGGGGGCCACAGAGGUCCUGAAGCAGCUCUGCAGCAUGGAUGGCCUGAAAACAAGGAAACCCUUGGCCUUCCUUGAUGGCUCCGUAUUCCUGGAUUUUCUGAAGAAAGGGAUUGCAAUGCGGGAGUUGCGGCAUGAGAACAUUGCCACCUUCCUGGGCGUCUUUGUGGCCCCUGGGGUCAGUGCUCUUGUGUUGGAGCACUGUGCCCGGGGAAGCCUGGAGGACCUGCUGCGAAAUGAGGCUCUGCGGCUGGACUGGGCUUUCAAGGCCUCCCUGGUGCCGGAUAUGAUCCGUGGGGUGUGGUAUCUGCACCGUUGGCAUUUCCCUCAUGGCUGCCUCAAGUCCCGAAACUGGGCGGCUGGACGCUUUGUGCUGAAGGUCACUGACCAUGGUUAUGCAGAGCUCCUGGAUGCUCAGCAGGCUCCCUGCCCCCGGCCAGCCCCGGAAGAGCUGCUGUGGACAGCUCCGGAGCUGCUGCAGGGGCCUGGGGAACCUGGGUGGGGCACCCUCAAAGGAGACACCUUCAGCAUCAGCAUCAUCCUGCAGGAGGUGCUGACUUGGGGCCCGCCCUAUGGUUCCCCAGGGCUCUCAGCAGAAGAAAUCAUCAGGAAGGUGGUGUCUCCCCCUCCCCUGUGCCGGCCACUGAUGUCUCCUGACCACGGGCCACCUGAGUGCAUCCAGCUGAUGGAGCAGUGCUGAGAGGAGGCUCCGGAGGACAGACCCAACCUGCACCAGAUCUAUACCCAGUUCAAAAGCAUCAACCAAGGCAAGAAGACCAGUGUUGCUGACUCUAUGCAGAGGAUGCUGGAGAAGUAUUCCCAGAACUUGGAAGACCUGAUCCAGGAGUGGACUGAGGAGCUGGGACUGGAGAGACAGAAGACGGAAAGGUUGCGCUCUCAGAUGCUCCUGCCGUCUGUGGCUGAAGCUCUGAAAAUGGGGGCGACUAUGAAGCCAGAAUACUUUGACCAGGUUACAUACUUCAGUGACACUGUAGGCUUUACCACAAUCUCAGCCCUGAGUGAACCCAUUGAGGUGGUGGGCUUGCUCAAUGACCUUUACACACUGUUUGAUGCUGUUCUGGGCAACCAUGACGUGUAUAAGGUGGAGACCAUCGGGGAUGCCUAAAUGGUGGCAGCGGGGCUGCCCUGGCACAACAGGAGCCAGCAUGCAGCUGAGAUCACCAACAUGGCCUUGAACAUCCUCAGCUCUGUGGGCGAAUUCCGGAUGAGGCAUGCGCCCACUGUGCCCGUUCGCAUCAGGUCUGGCCUGCAUUCAGGGCCCUGCAUGGCAGGGGUUGUGGGUCUUACCAUGCCUCAGUACUGCCUCUUUGGGGACACAGUUAACACCACAUCCCAGAUGGAGUCUACAGGGAUACCAUACAGAAUUCAUGUCUGCAUAAGCACCGCCCAGACACUGCUCAGCCUGGAUGAAGGCUACAGAAUUGAUAUCAGAGGCCAGACUGAGCUAAAGGGGAGGGGCUUCAAGGAGACCUACUGGGUGGUGGGGAAGGUGGGCUUCCCCAGACCCCUCCCCACACCUCUGGACAUCAAACCCUGGCUGCUGUCCGCUGACCUCACAGCCGUCGGGCCUCCACCCCACUUCUGCCUCCAUGGGCAGCCAGCCUUCUCAGAAGGCCCGUCUGCUGACGCUGACUUCAAGUCCUCAUCUUCCUCUCCCGCCGGCCCUCGCAGCCUGACUUCCACCACCACUCACCCAGAAGGCUCUGUGAGGUCACCGGUGCCCUCCACCCAUGUCACCAACUCCGUGGGCAGUUUUAGUUACCAGCCUGAUUGCAUGCUCUUCUCCUCUCCCCAACUCUUCCUUGCUGGGGCUGCACAGGGCUCCUCCCCGGGGCAUCCCUUCCUAUCCUGA